AUGUCAAUCCUCGAAUCCGACGGUCUCUCCGUCACAUAUGCCUCGGAUCAUAAUGGCGCCCCGGAUCUGCGGCUGAUCCACUACAAUGAUGUGUAUCACGUCGAACCUGGAUCUGCCGAGCCCAUCGGGGGCGUACCCCGGUUCCAAUCCCUUAUGAACUAUUACCGCACCGAUCCGAGGUUUGCCGGGCAGCCUGACGCCCUCACCUUCUUCUCUGGCGAUGCCUUCAACCCCAGUCUCGAAAGUACAGUCACCAAAGGAAGGCACAUGGUGCCAUUUCUCAACAAGGUGGGAACCGACGUGGCAUGUGUUGGGAAUCAUGAUCUCGACUUUGGCGUGGCGCAGUUUCGACAUCUGGCCGGCCAAUGUCACUUUCCGUGGCUAUUGGCCAAUGUCCUAGACCCCGCGCUUGGAGAGGACGUGCCCAUCGCCAAUUGUGGGAAAACCUGCAUGCUGACCUCAUCGAACGGGAUUAAGGUCGGCGUGAUCGGGCUUGGGGAGAGAGAAUGGCUUGGAACGAUCAAUUCCCUUCCACCUGAUUUGAUCUACAAAUCCGCAUCUGAAACUGCCAAGCAAUUGGCACCACGACUGCGAGAGCAAGGAGCGGAGCUGGUGAUCGUUGUCUCACAUCAACGUGAACCCAAUGACAACAAAUUGGCACAGAAUCUCCCUCCUGGGCUAGUCGAUAUCAUUUUGGGUGGGCAUGAUCAUUAUUACGCCCAUGCCGUUGUAAAUGGCACCCAUGUACUACGGUCAGGCACCGACUUCAAGCAACUCAGCUACAUUGAAGGCUUUCGCAAAGCUGGCGGAACGUCAGGAUGGGACUUUAAUAUCACACGAAGAGACGUUGUGCGUUCGAUACCAGAAGACCCCGAAACAGUCCGGCUCGUAGAGCGGCUCACCUCGAGCCUCAAAGCGAAGUUGGAAAAGCCGGUGGGCUACACUGUGACACCUCUGGACGGUCGGUUUUCAACGGUACGCCAAAGAGAAUCCAAUUUGGGCAACUUUGUUUGUGAUUUGAUGCGGUUCUAUUAUGCUGCCGACUGUGCCAUGAUGGCGGGAGGGACCAUUCGUGGCGACCAGAUCUAUCCUCCGGGUGUUCUUCGAUUGAAAGACCUGCUUAAUUGCUUUCCUUUCGAGGACCCUGUCGUUCUGCUGCGGGUGCGGGGCCAGGCACUACUUGAGGCGCUCGAGAAUGGAGUCAGUCAGCUGCCUGCUCUGGAAGGCCGCUUCACUCAGGUGUCAAACAUCUCGUUUGGAUACAAGCUGGAUGCCCCGGGGGAUCCCAAGCAAUACGUUGUAGCGACACGCGGAUAUAUGGGCCGUGGUAAAGACGGGUUCUCUUCCCUAUUGGUCAAAUCCGAGGGGGGUGAGGUAGAGGAGCUCGUGUGUGAAGAGAAUGGUGUUUUGAUCAGCACAAUCUUGCGACAAUAUUUUAUGAGCCUCAAGGUUCUCGGCAAGUGGCAGAGAUGGAGCGCUAGUCUUCAUCGACACUGGGGUUCGGUGCAUCGCAAUCUGCAUGGCGAGGGCUGGUUAAAACCGCCCUCCGCCGGUGCAUCUCCUGUCUCCGAGAAGGCGCCCGCCCAUCGCCUGAUGUCGCGGCCACCUCUUCAGCGAACAGCUCGGCUUUCUUACUACUACGGGCGCUUUCCCGAAGAGGCAGAAGAGGCUACUGUCACUACUUCGGUGUCCAUCAAAGGCAAUGACAAUGGGACAAAUAGCGAUGAGAUGGACUCUGAUUCGGAUGAUGAUCCCGACAUUCUAACCUCUCCUCAGCCACGAACCAACUAUGUCACUCAGCCUGCCCGGUCUUCGGCCGAUGAGGAUCAUCGUUUGUGUCUGGCUCGAUGUGUGGUGCGCAAAUGGAUGCGACACGCUGGUCUACAGCCAAAUAAUCUCAGCACCAUGGACGGGGAGGGUGAGUUCACGCCUUCAUGGACUUCUGGCAUCUCUCCCCGACUAGAGGGCCGCAUUGUAGUAGAGUAA